GGCGCGUGUUGCCCGUGGUUGUGUAUCGCUGGAAGAACACUGACUGCGCGUUGCUUGUGUACUGGCGCAUUGGCUGAGGUUUGUGUGCGGGAAGCCUGACUAAGAUACCACCAUGACCUUUUGAGUGUGUGAGUUAUGUUAGAUUCUGAUGUUUUUUAAUGAUGUCACUUAAAAUCCUUAAUUGUCUUUCCUGAUUAAAGAGAUGAAGAUGACAUUUUAUGGAGAGAGGACUUCAUUGAUGCAGUUGCCAGCAAUGUCAAUGAUGUUACAAGUCUCAGACUUUCUAUGACUCUUUCUGUAUUUUUUCUUAUAACAGACUCAUAUCAGUGUGAAAACGGUGUUUGGUGAAGAAACAGGGGCCUGUUAUAAUGGUGCCUCGUGAACCUACAUAUUCAAACUGUGACAGAAAAUACUGGCCCUGUGCUUAUCAGAAUGCCAGGUGUUCUGUCAAUUUACCCUAUCUUGUCAGACGUUCCUACCGUAGGACUAAACUAACUGUCACCCUGACCUUGGUGUGCGCAUGUGCCAUAAGCCCUGGUAGGACAAUCUGACAGGUGGGUUCAACUGUCAGGACACCUGCACCCUGCUACAGACUCACACACUCUACCUUCUGCAAGCCUCCAUGCUGACACCUAUCUGAACAACUUUUACAAUUAGUUUAAAGAUUUUAACAGAUUUACAAAACAGGUCAAAUUUCACAUUUCCCCGCUAUGAAUACUGAAACUUGACACAAAUAGUCCAAAACAUACUAUAUUUGUAUACACUAAGUAACAAACAGUAGUGGAUAAUGAAAUGCAGCAUGAAAAUUCUGCAUUAGGAAUACAUUUCUUCGAUCUUCUUAGAGAGUUCUAAAGGUUUACAGUAUGACCACAUCUAGCAACACCCCUCCUCCCUUCACUCCUUUCUAAUCCAAACAGUGUCAAGGGCCUGAGUCCCUGUCCACCCACAUGGUAUGAGGUUAUGUGCUAAAGGACAUAAAAUACUGCUACAUGUAGGGUGCCUUUAGGGUUAGGAUCACAUCGAUGGUGUGUCCCAGCACCAGGUAACGUACACAUAUUCGUUUGUACUUUCUUUUUCUCUCUUGAACCAUUGUAGAUAUUACAAAGUUACAAUGUAUGCCUUUAUGCAUAUACAUAUUGUGAUAUGAGUUGCUAUAUUAAGGUCAGUCUACAUUUAAGAUGGUUGACUUUUUUAAUCCUUUGAUUUCUUCUCAGAAAUGACCUUCAUCGACAAUGCAUCAACAGUGAUAUGGUUUACUCUUUCUGGGUUUGAUGAGAUGAUGGAACACAGAGCCACAUUCUUUUCUCUUAGUUUACUGUGUUACUGUGCGAUUAUACUAGUAAAUGUUGCUCUCAUUUUGACGAUAGUCCUGGAUGAAAACCUCCAUGAGCCCAUGUACAUCUUCCUGUGUAACUUGUGCAUCAGUGGUUUUUUUGGCACAACAGGAUUCUACCCCAAGUUCCUCCUAGAUCUACUGUGUCAUCUGCAGGUUAUCUCUUAUGCAGGAUGUAUCAUUCAGUCUUUUGUCAUUUAUUCUUCUGCCUGUGGAGACUUUGUAAUCCUAGCAGUGAUGGCAUAUGACAGGUACGUGGCAAUCUGUAGACCACUGGUUUAUCACUCUGUUAUGACCAGGCAGAGGGUCACUUGGUUAGUUUCUUAUCCUUGGCUCUCUACAUUCUGUGUUAAUUCUGUUAUCACUCUUUUAACAAGUAAACUGAGGUUAUGUGGAUCACAUAUAGAUAAGCUUUACUGUGCAAACUGGUCUAUUGUUAAACUAUCUUGCACUUCAACCACACCAAACACCAUAUCAGGUUAUAUUGGCAUUCUGUUCUAUACUGGGCAUAUAACAUUCAUUGUGUGUUCCUAUGUAUAUCUUAUCAGAUCAUGUCUGAAGUCUAUUGAGGACAGGGGGAAGUUUAUGCAGACCUGCAUGCCACAUUUGUUGUCAUUAAUUAAUGUAGCAGGUGCUCUGUUGUUUGAGGUUUUCUACAGUAGAUAUGGUUCAACGGAUGUGUCACAAAACUUUCAGAAUUUUAUGGCUGUACAAUUUUUAGUUAUUCCUCCAAUUCUAAACCCGCUUAUUUAUGGUCUUAAACUGAAGCAGAUUAGAAAUCGAGUUUUCUGCACGAGUAAAAGAAAGAACAAGUCUCUAAAGUAAAGACAACAAUUAUAGGUUUGGGGGAAAUUGUGAUUGAAAUACCUCUGUAUACUUUUGAUAUCUAACCACUUUGUUAGAAAAUUAUUACCUGUUAAGGCUUGCAGUUCCGACCAAUGAUGGCCAUACUGCCAUACUGUACUCUAUUGUAUGCACCUCCCUGCCAAAGCAAAUUCCUUGUCUGUGUAAACAUUCAUGGCGAAUAAACCCAUUUCUGAUUCUGAUAACAGUGUGAAAACGGUGUUUGGUGAAGAAACAGGGGCCUGUUAUAAUGGUGCCUCGUGGACCUACAUAUCCAAACUGUGAUAAAAAAUUCUGAUUCCAAACGGUGUCAAGGGCCUGGAUUCCCUGUCCAUCCACAUGGUAUGAGGUAAUCGUGCUAGAGGGCAUACAAUACUGCUACAUGUAGGGUGCCUUUAGGGUUAGGAUCUCAUCGAUGGUGUGUCCCAGCACCAGGUAACAUACAUGUUUGUGUUGUAUUGAUUGCUAUUACAAUGUUACACUGUAUGUCUCUUUGCAGACACGUUACAUAUUGUGCAUCCUUAACAUAUUAGUAUUUAUACUAUAGUCAGCCUAUAUGGUUGACGGUUUUAAUCCUUCGAUUUAUACAUAGAUAUGACCUUUAAAGACAAUGCAUCAACAGUGACAUGGUUUACUCUUUCUGGGUUUGAUGAGAUGAUGGAACACAGAGCCACAUUUUUCUCUCUUCCUUUACUGUGUUACUGUGUGAUUUUACUAGUAAAUGUUGCUCUCUUUUUGACGAUAGUCCUGGAUGAAAACCUCCAUGAGCCCAUGUACAUCUUCCCGUGUAAUUUGUGCAUCAGUGGCCUGUUUUUUACUGCAGGAUUUUACCCCAAGUUCCUUCUAGAUCUACUGUUUCAUCCGCAGGUUAUCUCUGCUGGAUGUUUAAUCCAAACUUUUGUCAUUAAUUCUUCUGCCUGUGGAGAGUGUCUUUGGUGAAGAAACAGGGCCCUGUACAAACGGCACCUCGUGGAUCUACAUAUCCAAACUGUAAUAGAAAAUACUUGCCUUGUGCUUAUCAGAAUGCAGGUGUUCUGCCGUUUUACCCUACCUUGUCAGACUUUCCUACCGUAGCGCUAAACUAACUGUCACCCUGACCUUGGUGUGGGCAUGUGCCAUAAACCCUGGUAGGACAAUCUGACAGGUGGGUUCAAAUGUCAGGACACCUGCACCCUGCUACAGACUCACACACUCUACCUUCUGCAAGCCUCCAUGCUGACACCUAUCUGAACUAUGAAGCAAGUAAUCUAAAGUAUAAUUGUAGACAACAAGUAUAAAGCUGUAUAAAAAGUGAAUGGAAUUGAAUGUGAGAAAGAAAACACAAGAAGGUAUGUGUUGAUGUAGUGUGUAUAAAACAUACUCAUGAAAGUGACAGUAGUAGUGUAAAACCAUCUCUAUGGAGAAUAGAAAGAUGGUUAUUGUUGUGAUGGUUUCAAUCCGUGGCCAUGGAAAUGCAGAGUCAAUUGAAAAGGGUCGACUCUGAGUUUAUUGAUGCGAGUUUUGAUGAUUACACCAUAGAAGGCUCACAGUUGGUGGUCGAAGGAAUGACAUGGCUUGGUUACAGGGUGAUUUAAAUACCCUGGAAUGAAAAAAAACAAGAGAAGUGUCUGUAUAUAUAUAUACAGAUAAAUAAAUAAAUAGAGUACA